GUUGAAGUUUUAGGAUCAACAAUAUUGUAUAAUAAUGCGUAAUUAUCUAUGUUGUUUGCAAACAUUUGAUUAGCUUCUAAUCUAAGCAACAAUUAAUCAAUCAUAAGCUAAUUGGAAAAUGGACGGUUAAUCUUAAACUGUCCCAUAAAGACACAUACUUUAUUCCUUUUCCAAGAAAUCUUUUCAUCAGUCCAAUGAAAGUUACUGGGAAUCGGAGAAUUCACCUUUUCUUUCCACCAGAAUAAUCAAAAUAGAAUCAAUUGAGAAUUGACAAAUUUCACUGGAGUAUUGUUCGUUCAUCAAAUUAGGGUUUUUCUACGUAUAUAAAUCUCAACCUUGCUACCCCUUCCAUUGUGGAGUAGAGUUCUUCAUUAAUGAGAAUACUCUUUUACAGUGGAAGUAAUCGAUUGUUUCGUUGACUUUAUAUUUUUCUAUUCCCAUUUUAGUUGACUUUGCCUUUUGGUCUUCCCAUUGACCUUUCCAAUGAUGGGAUUAAUUUCUUUAAAAUCUUCCAAUCCAAUUUCAUAUCAUCCCACAUACCCAGAAUUUACAUCCCAUAAUCUCCCACAGAAUGGCAAGUUUUUAUGGUAAAUUUUCAUUCAUUUUUACAGUCUUAAUCAUUUAUACUUCUAUUUUAUCAGUUAUGUCACACCCUCAAAGAUGUAGUUCGCUUGAUUCAGGUCCAGUAACAUCCACUAUACCUCUCAUAUCUUUUCUUGAACAAGUUCAAGAAACUGCCCUUAAUAGUUUAGGACCCAACAAUUUUGAUCCUAAACUUUACAUUGAUUUUUCAUUGAAAUCUAAUCUGUCAAUCACCCAACAAGCUUUUAAUAGAUUACCCAAAAAUCAGAAUGGUUCUGUUUCAGCUAAUGAAUUGCAGAAGUUCAUACAAGAGUACUUUAAUGGAGCUGGGGAUGAUUUGAUUUAUGCUCAACCUCCUGAUUUUGUUGCUGAACCGCAUGGGUUUUUACCAAAAGUGAAGAAUCAUGAGGUUAGAGCUUGGGCAUUACAAGUGCAUUCUUUAUGGAAGAAUUUGAGUAGAAAAGUCUCUCCUGCUGUAAAAGAGCAGCCUGAAUUGCAUACUUUGCUUCCUAUUCCUGAUUCCUGUGUUAUUCCUGGUUCAAGGUUUAGAGAGGUCUACUAUUGGGAUUCUUACUGGGUUAUAAGAGGAUUGCUAGCUAGCCAUAUGCACAAAACGGCGACAGCAAUUGUAACUAACCUUCUAUAUCUUGUUGAGAAGUAUGGCUAUGUGCUUAAUGGUGCCAGAGCAUAUUACACCAAUCGGAGUCAACCUCCCCUAUUGAGUUCGAUGAUAUACGAGAUCUACAAAAGGACUAGUGACAUAAAUCUGGUCAAAAAGGCUCUUCCUGCUCUACUCAAAGAACACAAAUUUUGGAAUUCAGGAAUCCAUAAGGUUACUAUUCGUGAUUCCAGUGGUUGCACUCACAAUAUGAGUAGAUACUAUGCAAUGUGGAAUAAACCCCGACCAGAAUCUUCAACUAUUGACAAGCAAACUGCUUCAAAGAUCACUGAUGCAGCUGCCAAGAAAAAGCUUUACCGUGAAAUAGCUUCUACCGCCGAAUCUGGAUGGGAUUUUAGUACAAGAUGGAUGAGGAAUUCUUCUGACCUAACCACAUUGAGCACAACAUCGAUAAUACCUGUAGAUUUGAAUGCAUAUAUACUCAAAAUGGAGCUUGAUAUUGCUUUCCUUGCAAAAGCUGCUGGAGAAAACAGUAUAGCCGCGGAAUUCUUCGAGGCCUCUCAAGCAAGAGAGAAAGCUUUUACCUCUCUUUUCUGGAAUGAAAAAAUGAGCCAGUGGCUCGACUGUUGGCUCACUUGCAAGGAUGACCAAACUUGGGAAGUUUCUCACCAGAAUCAGAAUAUAUUUGCUUCAAACUUUGUUCCUUUAUGGAUUAAGCCGUUUGAUUCAGCUCACUUGGGUGAGAAGGUCAUGAAAAGUCUUGCAAGUUCAGGCUUGAUUCACCCUGCUGGAAUUUCUACGUCUUUGACAAACUCGGGACAACAAUGGGAUUUUCCCAAUGGUUGGGCCCCAAUGCAACACCUCAUUAUUGAAGCGCUUGCAAAGUCCAGAUCGAAAGAAGCCUAUUUGAUGGCGGAAGAUCUAGCCGUUAGGUGGAUUAGGACCAAUCAUGCUAGUUUCAAGAAAACCGGAGAUAUGCAUGAAAAGUACGAUGUACAAAAAUGUGGAGCGUAUGGAAGCGGCGGUGAAUAUAUACCACAGACUGGUUUUGGUUGGACAAACGGAGUUGCAUUGGCAUUAUUAGAGGAAUUCGGAUGGCCUGAAGAUAGAAAACUUGAUUGUCAAUGAACUAGGAGCUUAGCAAUUCAUGUUGCUUCUGCAAUGAAGUACGAGAUUCGACUCCAUGGCAGAACAACGGUAAGGGUAGGAGAUAUGAAUUUAUUAUCACCGAAAUAAAGUUUUGCGAUUUGCAUAUAAUGUAAACUAGGCUUGAUUAUACUCUGCAUUGAUCUGUUCUUGCAUAUUUCUCAUUAGUACUGAUAUCGGCUUUCGGAUAUCAAUGAUUUGAUUGGAAAACUAGACAUCUUGUAUUCUUGUUCAAGUAAUGUUUAUGUAUACAACAUACUCUAUUAGCUAUGGCUUCUUAAAGUCAUUAUGAAUGCGUUUGCUUGUUACUCCAUAAUUCAUGAAUAAGAUAUUGCUAAUUUCUUUAGUCUUA